UUUACUCGACCGCUCUCGGGGAGAGAGGGAGCGAAAACGAGCGGGGGAGAGAGCCACCGCUUAGCAGUCGAAAACAGAAUCCGGCAGAGGGGUCACGACCCCGAAAUGACCGUCCACCCCGCGGCUACGCUCGGAAUUGUCUUUGAAUUAACCCGCCAAAAAAGACGCGGGCCUCCCAGCUCACGAGGAGACAUGAAUUUAAACGACUUCGAAGCGCUUCGCAAAUCUAAAUCUUCACGAUUCGGCGCCAGGAACCCGCACGGCCUGCAGAUGGAGACCAUGACUCUGGCCCAGCAGGGCAAUGAGCUGGAAGAGAAACUGCAAAAGCUGAAAGAGAGUAUGAGAAGAGAGAAAGGCGAGAGGGGGCAUUCAGGACUUUCUUACUGGAAGGCGGAACAAUUCGGAUCAAUAAACAGCAGCGUUUUGACACCAGACUCCAAGAAAACCCAAAAGGAUUCGGCAAUCGGCAAGGUGAAAAUCAGAGUGCUGAAGGAUGAACCUUUGACAGUUCCACCUCAUCUCCCUCUAUGCGAAACCUGUUGUUGUCCCCAGACGACAAAGCAAAGUAGGAUGAGGGGACCAAACUGCGGACAAGGCGACGUAAGGGCAGAUCAACAGAUGUUUAUUGGGAAUUACGGAGAAAAGACGAGAGUGGAGAAGACUAAAGAGGAAGACAAUAAGGAUGUGAAAAAGGCUUUUGCCAAUUCUCUGCUCGGUGGAGAGUAUGAUGAGGAGGAGUCUGCGAAGUCUUUCCAGGAGGCCCUCAAGGAGUGGAGAAGCGGAAGGUGCGAUGCCACCGCAGAACCCGUGACGAUAUGGACUCAAACGGUACCAACGUCAGGUGUAGCAGCCCAAGUUGGCUUCCUUCCACUGAGAGGCCACGAAGGAGGAAGAGAAGGAUGGGGAGGCGGCAAGGUACCGGUCAAGGUGGCGUUCCCUAAAAGCAGACUUAGCUACUUGGACAGGUUGCUGCUCAAGAAACACUGCAGCAUCCAUUAUCUCAGCUGCUUAUCCUCACAAGGGUUGGAGGCCUGCUUGGAGCCUAACCCAGCUUUUAAUGGGCAGGAGGCGGGGUACACCCCGAACUGGUCGGCAGCCAAUCCCAGGGCACAUAGAGACAAGCAACAGUCGCAAUCACAAUCACAUCGAGGGGCAAUUUAGAGUGUCCAAUUAAUGGUGCAUGUUUUUGGGAUGUGGGAGGAAACUGGAGUCCCUGGAGAAAACACUCUACAGCUUUCGAUCAUGGGCAAGAAAACAAAGUAUAGAUGUUUCCGUUUAUCUUGAUUGUUGAGUGCAUAAUGAAUUUGACACAACUCUCUUCCGUUCUUCCAAAGGUCUGUUUUGAUACAAACCAUUUGUUGGAGCCUCCAAAAGCUGCAGUUUUGUAAAACUUGUUUCAAUCCACUGAUCGUCAGAGAUCCUUGUAGCCUGGAGACCUGACGAAGAAAUGAAUCAGACGGUCUCAUGUAUAAUUCUGCAACUUAACUGGAUCAUAAAUCAGAGGUGACCUUGAAAGGGUCUAUUUUUCACAGUCCUUUUCCUCUGCUGCUUCUCGACACUCAGCACGAGCAAAGUUAAGAGUCAGAACUUCAAACAGGGCUGAUAGCGGGGCACCAGUGGCAUCCGAAGCUGUUCACUCAAAUUUUUGUCUGAUGUGUUGCAAACUUUGGAUUGUGACAUUGUUUUAAUCCUAAUGCAAUUGAUGGAUAAUGUCAAUUAAUUUCAGUCAAAAACAGCAGAAGAAACAAUAGAAAAGCUCGAAAGUCUCUUAAGAAAAGGACGUAUUAUAUUAUACGCAUUGUAAAUUAUUGUAAGUACACUUUUUGGCUCCUCUCAUGUCAAUUAAAGACGCAGCUCCAUAGUAUUCCAACAACUGUAAUUCCCGCCCUACAGGGCACACCUGGUUAUAAGCCUCACCAAGUACAUUUGUAAAGGAAAUACUAUUUGGUACAUACACACGCCACAGCUGUAUAAAAGCUGCAAGUGCCCACAUUGAAACAUGAAAUAUUUAUAAAAAAAGAGGGUACACAGAAAGGUGCUAACACAAGCAUGGCGCGAAUGCAAGCGUGUCACUAACGCUAACGCUGCGCUAGCAUUAGCUAACAGGGGCGGUUAAAAAAAAAAAAAACAUACCGGUAAAAAUCACUGAGACACGCCAGUAACACAGCAGCAAUACGCUAGCACAGCGCUAACGCUAGCGCAGCACUAACAUGGCCAGUAAACGUCACUUCCUCGGCACAUAGAUUCCGGUCUCACUCUUACCUUUUUUUCCGCUUGAGGGCCCCUUGCGGCCGUUGGAAAAAAUGCACAAAUUAACCGCAUCACCGCAUAAACCGUGGGGUUGAAUGCGUGUGUAAUGUAUGCGGCUUGUCGGCUGGAAAUUACGGUAUUUUCAAUCUUGCUAUUUAUGAUUUUCAAACUGAAAUGGAAGAAUAUCAAACUGGUUUGAUUUGAACACUUUGAAUUAUUGCAUGAUAUGCCUCUGUUACCUGUU